AUACAGCCUUCGAAACAUAUUUACAUUCUCAAAUUAGGCAUCCAAAUUUCGAAUUUCCAAUUUCAAACCACAUUCGUUUUCUCUGCCUUUUUUCACCCACUUCAUUCUUAGAGCCAAUCCAACAGAUGGGUUCCGUUGUCAGCGCACUGCACACACCAAUGAUGUAUGUCAACAUGGACGGACCCCAUGCGCGUUUCAUUCGCGAAAUCAUUGCCAACAACAAGGUUGUGAUAUUUAGCAAAUCGUAUUGUCCAUACUGCAGCAUGGCCAAGGAGCAGUUCCGAAAGCUGGACGUUAAGAUGACUAUUGUGGAGCUGGACUAUCGACCGGAUGGCGAUGAGAUACAAGCGGUGCUGGGCGAAAUGACUGGAGCACGCACUGUGCCGCGUUGUUUUAUCAAUGGCAAGUUCGUUGGGGGCGGCACAGAUGUGAAGCGUCUCUAUGAACAGGGAAUACUGCAGAGAUACUUUCAAUGAAUGCAGUUGAGGUUAUGUUGAAAUAAUUUUGGUUCAAAUAAAUAUUAAAAGGCUUGCUUUCAAA